AAGUUUGAAGACCUCUGCGUGACGGUAACUCAAGCAGCACGCAGGCGCAGUUGUCGGCCUUCCUGUCAGGGGCAAGAUGGCGGCGGGGUCGGUGUACCGGGCUCUGGGCUCUGUUGCUAGCCGGGCUCUCCUUCGGGGCUCCUGCGCACCGAGAUCCUUGCAGGGCUUGGUGAAAAGAGGAAGUACUGCAACCUAUGCUAAUGUCCUAUCCAAUCUCCCUGAAACAGAAGUUACUACUUUAGACAAUGGCUUACGAAUAGCAUCAGAAAAGUCAAACCACCCUACAUGUACAGUUGGAGUAUGGAUUAACGUAGGAAGUCGUUAUGAAACUGAGAAGAAUAAUGGAGUGGGGAACUUUAUGGAACACCUGGCAUUCAAGGGCACAAGUAAAUACCCUUAUGCCCAAUUUGAAAAAGAAGUGGAAGGCAUUGGUGCACAUCUUGACAGCUACUACUCCCGUGAAAAGACAGCCUUUUACAUGAAAAUUUUACCCAAAGAUUUGCCCAAAGCAAUUGAGAUUCUGGCUGAAAUAACACAGAACUGCAGCUUGGAAGAUUCUCAGAUUGAGAAGGAGCGGAACGUCAUCCUUCAGGAGAUGAAAGAAUCCGAUUCUUGUCUGUCUGCUGUCCUCUUUGAUUAUCUUCAUGCUUCAGCUUAUCAAGGCACACCUUUGGCCCAAACAGCUGAAGGAACAACAGCAAAUAUAAAGAAAUUGACUCGUGCAGAUAUAACAGAAUACAUGGGAAAUCAUAUCAAAGCACCUCGCAUGGUCCUGGUAGCUGCUGGAGAUGUUGGUCAUACAGAACUGGUGGAUCUUGCCCAGCAGCAUUUUGGCAGUGUUUCUUUUAAGUACAAAGCUGAUACCAUGCCUGUUUUGUCCCAAAGUCGUUUCAGCGGGAGUCAGGUCACAGUCAGAGAUGAUGAGUUACCUUUGGCUCAUGUCGCUUUCGCAGUGGAGGGGCCUGGCUGGGGUAGCCCAGACAACCUUGUCCUUCUGUUAAUUAAUUCAAUCAUAGGACGCUACGACUUUACCUUUGGUGGAAGUAAGAAUCUGUAUAGCAGAAUGGCUGCUGAUUUUGCUGAGCAUGACCUCUGUCGAAGUUUCCAGACCUUCAACAUUUCCUACUCUGAUACAGGACUUUUUGGUUUUUAUUUUGUCACUGAUUGUUUCAAUAUUUUACACUCAAGUGAUUGGGGAAGAUACGAAUGGAUGCGCAUUUGCACUGAUUUGCCCGAACACGACUUGGAGAGAGGCAAAAAAGUUCUUCGAAGGAACUUGGUGGCCCAACUGGAUGGUACUACUCCAAUGUGUGAGAGUAUUGCCACCCAGCUGCUGAGCUAUGGUCGUCGGAUACCUUUGGCAGAAUGGGAUGCCAGAAUUUCUGAAAUUAAUACCCAAAUGGUUCAGGAUGUCUGCAGUAAAUACGUGUAUGACAAAUGUCCAGUUGUUGCAGGAGUUGGACCUGUUGAGCAACUUCUGGAUUACAACUACAACCGCACUUGGACAUAUUUGAACCGUUACUAAGCAGUCCAGUGCAAGAUGGAGAUCCUCUGGAUCGUCUGGAUUUUCUUGUGGUCUUUUGUGUCCCAGUGGCAAAAUGGAUCCCAUACAUUCUGUAUAAAAAUGCUGUAUAACUAUGUAAGUGAUAUCAGAGAGCAAAAUAAAUUUAAACUAGUUGGUA